AAUGUACGUCCAUCUAACCAUUAAUUCGCAUUUUGUUUGACAUUCCAUAGAUCUGAUUUUAGAAACUAAAGUAUAUGCUUUGGCAGAGAGUGGAUUUUGGGAAAAAAUGUAGUGGGCGUUCGAGACACACGUAUCGGUAAUAAAUUGAACAAAAAUAUGAACAACAUUUCCAGAAAAACUAUACAAGCGAAAAAAAGCAAUUAAUUUGCGAAUGUUUUUAGUUUUUACAAAGCACACGGAAACGGAAUAUAUUGAAGAUUUCUUUUGAACUGAUUUAAGAAGAAUAUACCAUAUCAUUUCCAAAAUUUUGUUGCCGUAACUUAUUGUAUAAUCCCCUUCAUGGGUCUAUUUGCAGAAGUCAUUGUUGCCCCGGGUCGGGAAGCGCCUGCCUGAGUUUAUCUUUGUGGGUCUCUGGAGCAGUGCAAGUCAAUAAUGGUACAAGAUUCUGGUUAAGGGCAGCCGAAUUCUAUAAAUGCAAAAGACCAGGCGAACAUUCGCCUUUGUACGUGCUUCCAGAUCGCUGGCGAUGACAUCCAAAAGUUUUCAUUCAAUGAACGCAUUUGGCUGAAAAUUGAAACCACAGACACGUAGUUGGAACAGCAAGGUGUUAUUCGGAUUGAGUUACUUUAUAUCUUCAGCAAUGCACUUGUCAUGUGUAAUUGGUUUUCUAGCUCUAGUGAGUUUAAGCCAGAAGACCUUGGCCAAGGGAUUUUUAACCAGCAAGCCUAUACAGCUUGAAGAAACCACACUGGAGCCCACAGGUUCUGCGCCUUCCCCAUCACCUCCUCCGUCUAAUAGAGACAUCACUGUGGGUCCUUGUAAGUGGGCUAUUGGUCGCAGCUGUCCCGAUCCAGAUGUCAAGUUUUAUAUAUACACCCGUCACAAUCCAAUGGAUCGGCAGUGUUUGCACAUCGAUGAGAGUCUUGAGAAGUCAAAUCUAACCGCCUCGUACUUCAAUCCAAGAUAUCCCACGAAGAUCAUAAUCCAUGGCUAUAACUCGGACAUGUUCUUGCAUCCAUUGCAGCAGAUGAGAGAAGAAUACUUAGCCAAAGCGGAUUACAACAUCAUCUAUGUGGACUGGAGCGUCCUGUCGCCAGGACCUUGCUACAUCAGUGCUGUCCAUAACACCCGUCAUGCUGGCACUUGCACCGCCCAGUUGGUAGAGCGUUUGGUGGAAACAGGGAACACGGAUAUCCAUAUAAUAGGUUUCUCGCUUGGAGCUCAACUGCCCAACUAUGUGGCCAGAAAUCUAAGCUCCUUCACGCUGCCCAGGAUUACAGGACUAGAUCCUGCUAUGCCGCUUUUUAUAACGGCUGGCAGUGCGGAUAAGUUGGAUCCCAGCGACGCCAGCUAUGUGGAUGUCAUCCAUACAAAUGCCCUGGUCCAGGGUAAAAUGGAGCGAUGUGGUCAUGCGGAUUUUUAUAUGAAUGGUGGAAUCAUGCAACCCGGCUGUAAUGGACAGAAAAUAAAUUCCUUCGCCUGUAGUCAUCAGCGUGCUCCUGCCUACUUUCUGGAGUCCAUACGCUCCCCCAAAGGCUUCUGGGGAUGGGCCUGCAGUGGCUACAUUGCCUAUCUCCUGGGGAUGUGUCCGCCCACCAACUUUCUUCUCGAAGCCGGAGAUAAUAUCCGUCCCACCACAAGGGGAAUGUUUAUGAUAGACACCAACGAUAGUUCGCCAUUUGCCCUGGGAAAAUGGACGGACUUGCCCACCUUGGGCGCCAAGAGGCCAUUUCUAAGAGGUCCUCCGCAAAAGUUGAAGGCUCCACCAAACCAGGGCGUGGAUCCCCUGCUCCAGCACAUAGACCAGUUUGGUAAAUUGGCUGCUAACUUCAAUAAUCUGCAAGUAUUUCCCAAUGCUCAGGAUCCCUACGAGCACUGGACUAGUUUCAGUCCCGAACAAAAAGAAAACAACGAAGACGAUGACUCCGUAGAGGAACAGGAUCUGGUGGAGUUUGAAGAACUCGACGACCGUCAGUUGACUUCGACAGCUCCCCCACUGGACUGGUGGGAUUACCGAAGGAAUCUCACGUAUGGAUUCAUAGAAAAUAAUAUAUUCGCAGUGCCAAGAUUAGAUUAGUCCUAAAGCCAUUUCCAAAACCCUACCUUGCCCUCAUUCCUUACUAACAUUUAAGUUUUCUUUCGUUAAAUUGAAGCCUUUUUAAAAAUAUCCUUAAAUAUUUUCACAAUUCGGGUGACUUUUAUAGCAAAAUGUUUAUUGAAUUCCUGACAGCUUAAAAUAAAGUAUAAGAUUAGAAGACUAUGCAUGCAGAGAAUGAAGAUAAAACGUCUCGUAAAAAUAGAUUUUAUUGGGCCAAUCGUUAUAAGUGUAAUCAUAAUCGUUAAAUAAUCGGUCUUUAAUAAAAUUCAAUUGCUUCAAUAAAUGUAAAUUAUUUGAACAAUCAUUGGCUUUCAAUGUCGCUGGAUGAAUUAUCGAUUAAAAUGAUGAGUUUCAAUGUGUAUAUGAAUAAACUAGGCAAUUACGAAUAUAA